AAAGCCGCCUAGUUUGAAAUUGCGCGACAUCAAUGUGGUUGAAGGCGUCACAACCAUUGCACGUGUGUUGGUUUAUAGAGGUCACAUUCCUGUGGUUAGUAUAGGAUUUUUUCUGAUAUACAUCGAUUUGGACUAUAUAUACCGUGUUUGGUAUUAAUUACUUGUUUCAAUUGUGCGUCACAUGAUCAAGACCCGAACACGCUAGACCUGAAAAUAAAGAUGUCAGUAGAAGAUUGUGAAAAUGAAUUACUUGCACUGGAAUCCAUUUAUGAAGAUAAGUAUCAACUUGUACAAACUACACCUAGACGAAAAAUAAAAGUAAACCUAAAUGGUCAGUCGGAUGAUUCACUGUCAACUAAAGUUCGAUGUCAGCUUCUUUUUGAACUUACAAGCAACUAUCCAAAUAAACCACCUAAAUAUCAAAUACUUAAACCUGAAAAUCUUUCAGACGAAGAUAUUUCCGAUAUAAAUAUUAUAAUCAAUGAAGUAAUUGAACGAUCCCUAGGAUUUGUAAUGUUAUUUGAUAUAUUAACAGAAGUUCAAGAAAAAUUAGAUAGUAUCUGUUCAAAAAUCUUAAUUCGUCAGCGUAAUGAAGCUAAAGAAAAACGAAAAGCUAUACAACUAGAAGAAGAAGCGAAAUUCCGUGGUGAUAGAGUUACAGUGGAGUCGUUUCUAGAAUGGAAUACAAAAUUCCUUGCAGAAAUGGAAUCAUUAAAAGAGAAGUCAAUAUCUGAAGAUCAAAGUGCUGUUAAACGACUAACUGGACGUGAGCUAUUUUUGAAAGAUAAUCAUUAUGACGAUUCCGAUUUGACCUUCUUGGAAACUAAUGGUGGCGAAGUUGUAGAGAUUGAUGAACAUUUAUUUGUUGACAUUGGCGAUAUAGACCUGGAUGAUGAUAAUGAUGACGAUAAUAACCAAGUAGUUGUGACGGGAACAGCCUGAACAUAUUAUAUACUUUGUACAAAUUAAUUCACUCCAAAAGUAUCAUUGCUUUUAUUUUAACAGUUCUCUUCCGGUAUGUAAAGACAAAGAUAUGCAAAAUUGGAAAUAGACUUCUAUGACUAUGUAAAUUCUAAAAACUGUAACUUCCUGAUUUCACAAACUUGACGCUACAUUUACUAAGUGUCAUACGAAUUUGGCGACUAUAAAUUGUUAACUUGCAAAGCUUUAAUUUCGUGUUCUAAAACCUAUGAUAAUUAUUUAAAUAAAAGUAUACAACUUGGAAACCAAAGGUAAAUUCGUCCUCGUAGUUCAUAUUUUUGGAAAUAAAUAUGCCUACUGCAUAAAUCUUUGUUACUGAGGCGAGAUUCAAUUUCUAGUUUUCUUACACCAUCAAUACUUUCUGUGUGCUUAUUCCUAAGGAUUUUUUGGAUUUCGGAAAGAAAAUGCCCCCUGAACUUCUAAAGGUCCUUCAACUAAUGUCAGUUUAUGUUGAAGAACUAAUGCUCUUAUGAUGUUCGUGUAGAUAAUUCCUAAUUAAAAUGUAGUUGUAAGCUUAUUAUGUCAAUAAAGACGCUCCAACAAUGCGAAUAUUGCUGUGAUACGGGCUUACAUAUACCAGACCUUACCAGCUAUUACCCCCUACAUUUAGAGAUUUCCACUGUUUAAACAGAUCGCCUAUGGUGGACAUUCGGUUCUGUCUACACGCUCUCGAGUCACUGCCUGGUUGAAAGUUGUAUGCUACCUCUAAACACGAAUACUGAAGCAGUUUUUCUAAAACCACAUGCACCAGUCUGGCUGUAAAAGUUCGGAUCUACAACGCGUCGGUGAGAGCAGUUCUGCUCUAUCCUUGUGAAACCUGGCCUCUCCGAGUUG